AAUGAACAUAUAAAAAUGACAAAAGCAGUUGAAAAUUGUUGAAUGCAUGGUUUUAGGGAUGAGUUGUAUUUGGUCAAAUUACAAAAAAAAAAAAAAGAAAAGAAAAAAAAAAAGAUGGCUAUAAAUUUGUAUCAUGGUUAGGAAGACUUAUAAAGAAGAAGGCCUAAACAACUUUCUUCCCCCUUACCCCCUCCCCCCUCCCCCACGCCACCCCAUAGUUAGUUCCUUAAAUUUCACGUUUCUAUCUCACAAACAAAAAAACUCUAUAUAUGUCCUUGUAUUCUUGUCACUUCUUUUUUUCAUGUUAGUUCCCAUGGCUUCUCUUUAUCCUAAUUUUCUUCACUUUUCUCAUUCUUGAUUUAGUAUUCUUUCUCAUGUUUUUCUUUUUAUAAAAAAACUGUUUGGCAAAAACCCCAGUUUUCUAACUUUAUUUCAAAGCCAGCUGGAAUCGGUGGUCAUGAAAAAAACAUUAGUGUACAUUUAUAAGACAUCAACUAUAUAACAAAACCAGUUUUCAAGAAUCUUGAGGUUGAGUUAUGGAGAAUUAUGUAGGAGUUGUUAUGGAUGAUGACCAGCAUCAUCAAAUGGAGCUGCCACCUGGAUUUCGAUUUCAUCCAACUGAUGAAGAGUUGAUUACUCAUUAUUUGAGUAAAAAAGUUGUUGAUAGUGAUUUCUUUGCUAUGGCUAUUGGUGAAGUGGAUUUGAACAAGGUUGAACCUUGGGACCUUCCAUGGAAAGCGAAAAUGGGGGAGAAGGAAUGGUAUUUUUUCUGUGUGAGAGACAAGAAGUACCCAACAGGGCUGAGGACAAACAGGGCAACUGCCGCGGGUUAUUGGAAAGCUACUGGAAAGGACAGAGAGAUUUUCAGAGGAAAAUUUCUGGUUGGCAUGAAGAAAACUCUGGUUUUCUACAAAGGGAGAGCACCAAAAGGUGAAAAGACUAAUUGGGUCAUUCAUGAAUUUAGAUUAGAAGGAAAAAUGUCUCUUCAGAAUCUGCCCAAGACUGCAAAGAAUGAAUGGGUGAUUUGCAGAGUAUUUCAAAAGAGCAGUGGUGGAAAGAAAAUCGACAUUUCAGGGCUUCUGAAUUUGAAUUCUAAUGAGAAUAAAAUGGGGAAUUCCUUUCUGCCAACAUUAACAGAUCCUUCUUCGUCUUCUUCUUCUUCUUCUCCAUUUACUGGUACUGCUGCCAAAUCCGGUCACGUGCACUGCUUCUCCAAUUUGUUCACUGCUCAAAACAAUUGUUUCAACAAUUUUCCUUUGCCUGUUGUGUCAAAUCCAAUGGAUGUUUUCGCUGCAAGUUCGCUUCCAAACACAUUUUCCUGUAACCAAAUAGUCCCAGUUCAGGGAACAUUCAGUGCAAAUCCAGGUUCAGUUGGGGUUCAAGAUCCUACGAUUCUUCAGACUUCACUUGAGAAUUAUGGUCAGGAUUUCAAGAAAGAGGGGGUGUAUGGUGUAUCUCAAGAAACCGCGGUAAUUAGCACUGAUAUGAAUGCUGGAAUUUCGUCAAUUGUUCCAAAUCUUGAAAUGAAAAGGCCGUUUGUUGAAGAUCAGGUGCCAUCAGCUACUAUGGUUGAUCUACAUGGUCUCAAUAGCCUCUGGAGUUGCUGAAAUUCGCGUGCAUUGAAGACAGUAAAGCAUAUUGCACCAGGGUUGUAGCGCUGAUGGCGUAAAAACUCUUUUGCAUCGUCAGUGAAUAUAAGUUUAAUCCAUGCGCAAAUAUUACUAGUAGUAUGUUAAUGUUUUGUUUUGAUGUUUUUUGUUUAGCAAGUUGCCUCUCAUGGGCAAUUCUCUUAUGGUGAUGUGGAAGUUAAUAUUAAUUUAGUAGUGAAGUGGUGUAAGCAUGAGACUGUGGGAGAUCAAAGUUGGUGACUUUAUAAUCUUUACUUUUGUGUUCUUUUCUUUGGAAAAAUUAUGUGCCGCGGACCCUCUUCGCUCUC